CUUGCCCGCACGCCCCUUGGCCCACCACCGCCUGGAGUCGUCUCGCUCUCGCCCGCGGCCGCGGCCUAUUCUCCUGCAUCCGCUCGCCGCGCCGCGCUGCAACCCGGAGGCCGGAGGAGACUGCGCUCAGUCGAGCACCACCUGGGGCCCAGCAUCCUCGCGACCAUCUCUGGCACGACGUCCUGCGACCAUCGCUGCUGUCCUACUUCGUCACUGGCCAGUUUGCCCCGCGACGAGCGCCCCGCGAUGGCCAAUUCGCGCCCUCCCCUCGGCCGGAUCCUUCGCCUCGCCGUCGCCGUCGCGGCCUGCGCCUGCUUCCCUAACCCCGUCUCCGGUAUCCGGAAGGACAUUGGCUUUAUUGAACCAAUUGUGUGCAGAAGCACUGUUCAGGGGCGGCAUCUGAUCUCUGAUGAUAAUGGUUAUGUAUGUUCUGCACUUUCAAUCAAUCCAUGGUCUCACUGCUGCCCAACAACAGGGGACCGCUUUUCCUGCCAGGGCUGCAAACUCGAUUUACAGUGCUGCAAUUCAUAUGAGUAUUGUGUUUCUUGCUGUUUGAAUCCUUCUAAGAUCAAGAAAGAAGAUGUGCUGAAGCUGAAGGUAGCUAAGCCAGUUACUGCUGGAACAUACACAAAUGUUUUCGAUUUCUGCAUGGGAAGAUGCCGCCAUAGCUCUGCAAGUGUGGUUCAUGAAAAUGCCUAUGCCAGUGAUUUCCAUCACUGUUUUUCAGUGCAGCAAAAUUCAUCAGGAUCAACUGAAUCUAGUGUUGUAUCAAAGUUGUUGGGCAUUAACGUUGUAGUAGGAAGGCCCGGGGAAUCCUGCAGCUUGGUGUGCAAAGUAAGAGGACAGUCAUGUGUUCCAAGCAGGCUCUCUGUGUUGAACAAAUGUGAGAUUUUGCAGAAAUAUAUGAGAUGCAAGAGUGGCUGCUUUCCCAGCCUUGGACCAGAUCAACCUGCUGAAGUUGUUGAUGAAGCUCCAACCAGCUUGAAUCCAGGAGCAUGCUUAUACAUGCAGAUGGAUGAGCGGCUCACAUGUGAUGGUUCGCAUCAGCAUACCCGGAGGCUCUGUCCAUGCGCUUGAGAAGGGAAAAGGAAUGUGACACUCAUAAGAGGGGAAACAAGUGGAGGUGAUAAGCUGAAAUCCGAUGGUUCUCCAUCACUCCCAUGAUGAACAACCUUUUUAUGUACUGGUUGCGGGUUGCCUCAAAAAGAACAUCCUACUCUGCUCCUAUUUUUGGGAAGGAUCAUGGAUGCAAAAUGAAAUGGAGUACCUGCAAAGAUCUGCUCCUGUUUUUGAGAAGCAUCAUGGAAGCAGAAGGAAAUGGAGUACCUGCAAAUCUUUGCAUGGUAUUUUGUAGGAUGUUGCGUGCUGAAUGAAAAUGCAUGCAGCUGAUUCAGCAGUGCGUUGGUCUAUAUAGAUACCAUCAGAGUGUGAUAGAGAUUAGAGAUGCAUUGCAUCCAUGCUUUCCUCAUAAUUAAUAUUUGUGGCUGUCGUGAGCAGCCUAUUCUCCUUGUCAAAAGCAUCAUGUGCAGACCAAACACCUGAACCAAUUAUAUAUUCGUAAUAUAUAUUGCACAAUCUUUGAUGCA